AUGAGGUUCUCUAACUUGCUCCCCUUUGCGGCGGCGGUCACGGCAUGCGCUGAUCAUGACCUUUCCAAGAGAGAUGAGCCUGAGGGCCUCGUUCUCACUGGACAUAUCAACCCCAACCAGCUCUCAGAGUAUCUCUAUGUUCCCUUUGAGGUCAAACCUGGCGUCACCUCGAUGCACUUUAGCUAUGACUAUCCGGACAAGGAUACCAAUGUCCUCGACAUUGGUCUCUUCGACGAGCGCGGCUAUCAAAUCGAGGAUGCCGUGAAUGGCAGCGCCGGGUUCAGAGGAUGGUCAUUCACUGUCCUCGAUGAGUUCACCAUCAGUCCUUCCGGGGCCACGCCUUCUUAUAUUGCAGGACCCAUUGCCCCCGGUACGUGGCACGUUGUGCUGGGUCCUCGCGGCAGUGUUGACGACGGUUUCGACUAUGAAAUCACUAUCGAGUUUGGGUAUGAGAAGGUCGAGAAGUAUUACUCAAAGGCCUUCGCUCCAACCGAUCUCGGCAUGAAUGAGGCUCGCCGCGCUCGCAUGGACAACGAUACUGACGGCCAGAUCUGGCUUCGUGGAGAUUUCCAUGUGCACAGCAUCUAUUCGGACGGCAACUACACCCCUGAGGAGCAAGUCAGCAACGCUAUCAAGCAGGAGCUAGACUUCUUUUUCUUCACCGAACACAACUCUCACUCCGGCAAUGAUGUCAUGGGAGUCUUUGCUCCCGAAGGCGAUGAUCUAUUGAUUGGCCGAGGCAUGGAGGUCACAUCGCGUUAUGGGCAUUGGAAUGCGAUCGGAAUGGAGCGGGACCACACGAUCGAGUGGCGGUACAAGCCAGGUGAUCAAGCGUAUGCUGAUGCUGCUGAGCAAGUGCAUCGCUCCGGCGGGAUCGUUUCUGUGAACCAUCCUUAUAUGGGCUGCCCCGAGUGUAUCUGGAAUCUAGACCCAGACUACCUAUACAACGAUGCCAUGGAGGUCUGGAACGGUUACGAGACCACAGAUCUCAAUGAACCGGCUUUGGCACUAUGGCAGAGUCUUCUGGUCAAGGGUCACCGCAUGACAGCCAUUGGAGGCAGCGACACGCAUCAUCCGCCUUCUCUGAUCGGUAAGCCCACCACCAUGGUCAAGACAACGACACUUGGCCAGGCUGCGAUCUCGGAGGGUAUCAAGAACAGGCGGGUUUAUAUCGUUGACGGCCCGGGUAUGGAGAUUGACUUCACUGUCAAAGGAGACGACGUGUAUGCCCAGGUCGGAGAUAUUGUGGCGGCAGAAAGUUUCCAAGGAGGAGUCAAGGCGAUGCUGUCGGUGACUGGCUUUACAAAUGUCACUGCUUGCUUCGUUACAGAUGCUGGGUAUGUUCAAAACGAGACGGUGACUGAGGAGGCCAUUUCACUGCCUAUCGAAGCAGGAGUGAAGUUUGUUCGGGCCGAAAUCCGCAAUUCGACACAGUCACUGGUCGGCAUGACCAACCCUAUCUACUUUGAGUAA